UCGGCCUUGACAAAAUGUCAAUAGGUGGCCUGCGGGUCCGACUUCAAUUUUCCCCUCCUCUACCGUCUAAUCGUUGCUGGUAUGAAGUUUCAUAUACAGAUCGACAUACCCUUAUUAGCGAUCUAGCUACCUCGCUUUGGCAUGACUUUGAUCUGAAGAAGCUCGCAAAGGCGGAGCAAUUGAAGUUGGAGGUCGAUGGCUUUGAACUAGGGAGGUCGUCGACGACAAAGGGCAUCGUUAGAGAGGGCGACUUGAUUGUUGUCAGCUGUGUCCAAGGGGGCUCUGUUGCAUCUCCUAGGAUAGAUGUUCGGAUCAAGCGGAAGCGGCGAGUCUCCUUCUCAUCAACUGAAGGCUCGGAUUCCAAAUCCAAGAGAACAAAGACUGUGACCAAUGACACCGUGUCUGGCAACAAGAAGAUUGAGGUAGCAUCUGAAGUAGAUAAAAUUCAAGUCGGCACGAAAGAUACCGUAGAAGCGGAGGAUGAUGGUUCUUCUGAUUCGUCAAGUGAUGAGACUUCCAGUGGAGAGUCAUCUGAGGAGUCGUCGAAGGAGUCGUCGGAAGAAUCUUCUAAAGAAUCCUCAGAAGAGUCAUCGGACGAGGCAUCUGAGGAAUCAGAAGAAUCUUCGGACGAGUCGUCUGAAGAGGCAUCCAAGAAGCCGUCCGUAGUGAAAUCUUCAGAAAAGGAGCAGAAAGGAGAUUCAUCGAAACAAGCGAAUUUGAAAGAGAGUAAAGUGGGAUCGAAGGAAAAUGGGAUACGUGUGGAGAGUCGUACGCUGACCGUGAACGGAGUGACUUCGCAGAAAGAGGUAGGACGACCACAAAUGUCUGUGAAGAGCAGCGAAACGGGACAAGUUGGCAAGCGCAUCUCCCGGUCACCGGCGGGAGCCACAAUAUCUGAUAUUGCUCCUCCAUUAUCGCUGGGGAAGAAAAAGAAGCGUCAAAUGGAGGAGUUGAUCAAUCACCAAAGAGUUCAUGUGAGGUUUGCAGAUGCCGACGAUGAAGAAGAGCAUGCGGCUGAGCAAGAUGUGUCACUUGGGAAGAAAAAUGCAACGCUUUCGCAAGACUCAGUGAAUGUAGGUAGAAACCAUGUGAGAUUUGGGGAUGGAGAGGACAAUGCAGUUACCGAGGCAUCAGAGCCUAGUCAUACUUCAAUCGGUCGAUCGCGUGUCAUCUAUACACAAGUCUAUCUUGAGGAUGACCAGAAGAACAAGGGGAAAAGACGUCGAAAUCGUUCAAGGUAUUCCAUGGAGGGACAAACAACAACAGAUGGCGAAGAGGUGAACGGAUCAGCACGCCCUACGUCGGUAUCAGCAGCUGCAGUUGAGAAAGGACCAAAGAAGAACUACGCUGCCAUGCCUGCUCUGAUCGGAAGCCCAGUAAGUGGGCAGACAAUUGCCUACAAGAUUUUAGAGAUGUCAGAUACAUAUUGCCCGGUGAUAUCCGACUUUAAGGAGGGAUUAGUCCUUUCCGUUGACCCUCGGCGAUCACUUGUUACACUCAAGUUGAAAAAUUCUUUCCGACCAGCAACCACGAGUAAUGAAGAGGACGAAGAGGUUGCGGAAGGCAUGCUAGGGAAGUUCGACUUACCUCCAGAUGAUUGGUACAUCUUGGAGGGGGCGCAACAUCAAGAGAUCAUAACAUUGGAACUCGCCAGCCUCAUUGAUACCAGGAUUGUCUCGUGAGAAUGAACUGCGAGUCACCAUUAUGCGCGGGAUGUGACACCAACAUAGAAUGUGUUCGCAAGUUAUAUUUUUCUGCAGAUGCAUUCUCCAUCUUCAUUUUCAAUAAUACUUCAUAUAUACAAAGGGGUAACAGGAA